GACGACGCGGUCGCCAUGCGUAUUUCCGUCGCAUGCACGCAUGCACUUUGUGCACACAUAAACAACUCCAAGGCAUCACUUUAAGGACUGGAUGUAUUUCUUUCUUUAAGUGCCUUUGAGCAAAGGACAUUUCUCCCUCCAGGAAAGGAGCUCAAUGACCGUUUUUGGAUACCAAAACAACCGAGAUAAAACGGAAUAAACGGAGUUAAAAAAAAAAAAAGCAAAAAAGACGACGGGAAAAUGUCCUUCCUGUCUGGCUCACAGUGGCAGCAGCCUAGCGUUAUCGUCGCUAGCAACGGGUGCAGACAACCUUCCAGUGGGCAGCAACCUGCAAAUGCCCCCUCAUCCUCCGCCUCGUUUGACCCAGCCAAGGUGGCCCCCGGUGGGGCGUUUGCUGCCAUCCCGGAAACGGUGUUCAAAGUGACUUUAUCUGAAGGUGAGCCGAGAUCAGGGUGUGGAAGAACAUCCCCAGGAACCCUGGGUCUAAAGCCGCCCAUUCUGAUGGUACACGAUGACGAGUCGACGGGUGGCAACCAAUCGGAAAAAACGACGGGGAUUUCGCUGGGGAGCGCGGGUCAAAGUCCCAACAGCCCACUUUCUUCCCACUCAUCCACGUCGUCUCCUUCCAUUUCACCCGGGAAACCAUUUCCGAACUCAACACAGGAACUGAAGCCUGCGUCAACAACCGGCGUGGACCCGAAUCUUCAGCAACUGAAACCAAACUCCGCUUUUCCGAGCAGAGUUCAACAUUCCCAAGUGGUUCCUCCGAAGCAGGACACAACAUUUAAGGACGAUCUUUACCAUUCCGUUAAGGGAAGUCCCACUUCGGAGAUCAGAGAAAGCCUGAUUGAAGAUACAAGACCCGAGUCACCUUCCGGAAGGCAAAAUCGGAAUGUUGUUGCUCCUACAGUCGGAAAUCUAACAGGAAGUAAAAUGGCAGUACCUCUUUUGGAUGACAGAUUGUCGGAAAAUGGAAAUUCGAAACGGAAAAAUGUUCCACCUGGCAAUGGCAUCACAGACAGUAAGGAUCAAAUGUCACAGGAUUCCGAUGGAAAAGUGGGAUUAAGCGUGAAUGUAAACCAGGAGAGAAGAAAUAUCCAAGCCAACGAACUUCCGCCGCGAAGUUUAGUCAGACGGGCGAUGUCGGACUGCUCUCACCUGUCUGUCCCCACAUUAAACGCCGUGAUGUACCCCAACAGUUUGGGAAUCUCGUCCAGGAGGAUGCCUAACCUGGAAACGGCAUGUCCGACCAGGGUGCCCUACCCACACGGCGCCAUCCGACGCUCGCUCACAGUCACGGAUGGCACAGAAGCCUCCGCCGCCAUGGCCUCCAUGUUAUCGUCUCCGUUAAUGCCGUCAUCCCCGCCGCCUAGGAGGCAUCCUGGCGUCUGUGAAACCAACCUUUUAAUUUCCGUUCCAACCCCAGCAGUGAAGGCAGACAAGGACAAGCAGGAGAAGACAGAUCUCUUCCCCGGAAAGGCGCAGAAAAUGGAUGCAUUUGACAAGAAAGAGGUAGCGGAGCAGCAGAAGAAGGACAACGGCCCGGACAAGAACCUCAAAUCUGAGAAGAUCCUGAAAGACGAAGACAAGCCCGACAAGGUGAAUGCAGAGAAAAACAACAACAACAAGGCCAGCGAGAAGGCGGAGAAGACAGAUAAGCCAGAGAAGACCAACAAAGACGAUAAGAAGGAGGAGGAGAAGAAGCCGGUUGAAAAAAAAGACGACAAAGGAGGAAAAGGGCUGGCGAAGAGUCCAACGGGCAACGGCGGCCCAGACAGUAAGAACAAGCCCGAGGUGGCUGCCGCCAAAACAAACACAUCCAAAUCCCGCCCAUCCACCCUGUCUACCAAUGGUGAGGCCGCCUCGGCCAAACGUCCCUCCCCAACCGCCACCCCUGCUAAUAAAAAAAGCCCCCAACCCAAGGCGAGGCCCCCAAUUGCACCCGGAUCUGCAAAGACUCCAGAAAGUGGAGCAGCGGAGAAACGCGCAGCAGUGCCAAAGGCCACCCCCAAUUCCGCCCCCAACAAGAACACUUCGUCUGCAUCUCCUGCUAACAAAACUGCUGCGAAUAAAAACAACACGACUGAGAACAAACCAGGAGAAGCCAAGAAACCCAAAGCCACAGCUCGUCCACGUCCAGCCUCCACCGCUUCUCCCACGACUCCAGCUAACACUGCCAAUGGUGACGCCGCUCCCUCCCACCGCCGUCGGGUCAUCACCAAGCCUCCCGUCCCCAAGCAAAGCGCCCUGGAAAAGAAACCGCCGGUGCCCCGUGCUCCACGGAACAUCAGGCCCAUCAACGCUCCGACACCGGACCUGAAGAAUGUCCGCUCCAAGAUCGGGUCCACCGAUAACAUGAAGUACCAACCUGGUGGAGGAAAGGUUUCUUCCACACAGAACAACAAGACUUCAGAUCCCUCCAACCCUUCCACCAAGGCCAGAGUUCAGAUAGUGCACAAAAAGUUGGACUUCAGCCAUGUCACGUCUCGCUGUGGCUCCAAGGACAAUAUCAAACAUGUCCCUGGAGGUGGCAAUGUGCAGAUCCUCAACAAGAAGGUGGACGUCAGCAAGGUCACGUCCAAGUGUGGCUCCAAGGACAACAUCAAGCACAAGCCAGGGGGCGGCGAUGUCAAGAUCGAGUCUCAUAAGCUGAACAUCAAGGCAAAGUCUAAGAUCGGAUCGCUGGACAAUGUGGGACACGGCGACGGACAGACCAAUGGACACAAGGAGGAGAAGGCGGAUGAGAAGGCGCCCGCACACCAGAACAGCACUCCCAGCGCGGCGCCGGGAGGGGUUGCCAUGACAACAACAGCACCGGGAGGGGUCACCGCCAAGGAGAACGGGGUUAAAGAGGCCACGUCUACUCCUUUUGGGGGCGACGGACUGAGGGACCCCCUUGGUAUGGACAGGCGCAUUGCUGAGAAGAAUUGAAUCUCAGCGAGACGGAGCUUGGCUGGGCUACGCCUGACCCUCCAACCCUCCAGGUCACUUCCCUUUGGCCCCGCCCUCCAUCUCGCCUACCCGCAGCACCAAACUGAACGUCCGCCUCUCCGUGUUUCUCUGGGGGUCCACCGCCUGCCAGCACACCAACCCGAACCUUCGAUGCCCUCGGGUUGACCUUUGGCCCUCUAGCUCACGUAGAGAAGAGCACUCGUUGUUUGUCUGUGAAAAACAUAGCAUUCCUCAUUAGCGCUGGCGUAGAGGACCUAAAUCCCCCUCAGCUCCAAAUUUAACCUUUCCCGUCACGGUCAAGCCCACAGCGCUUGCUUGAGCUAAACCGUGUUUCCUCACAUAAUAUACGUAACGCAACAAUUCGCCGCUCCUCCAGUCGGCGGCGGCGCCGUCACCUUAUCCUAACCUCCGUUCCCUUUCCACGUCCUCCACAGCAAAUCCUUUCCAGUUUGCUUUAAAUGGACACAUCCAAAUCAUCUUUUCCGAAUCUAGAAUUACCGCAACACAGGUCUCGAAUCAGUCCCUUAUAUUUGCACUUCAUUAUGACUACGGUAUCAUUAUGCAUGAUAUUGACGAUAGCUCGCGGAAAAGGCUGGCCUUGAUGCGUGAGCAGAUCGGGAAUGUCAUCAAAUCCGCCGGCGUCGUGGCUACUUGCUAGCCGAGCUUACCAGACCGAGAGCGACUGAGUUCCAUUUGACAGAAAUCAAGCAUGUCACUCAUAACUUACAUAAACAACGAUUUCUCUCCCAUUGUCUCAAAUGCGACAGCUACAUUGAAAAUUCCUAGGUACACGCUAGCGAUUAGCAUGUCCGCCAAACAUGACAAUAAAAACAUUGCGGUCAUUUAGCGUCUCACAAAUAAACAAGCCACAAUCCGUAACCAUUUUUAAGUCCAAAUGGGAUGUUACCACCCACACCUUUGGAUCCCGCACCAGGGCUGUCCUACCUAGUCAUGUUGCCGAUUCAGACCAAGAGCGACUGAGUUCCAUUUGACAGAAAUCGAGUAUGUCACUCAUAACUUAUAUAACAAACAACGAUUUUUCUCCCGUUCAAAAUACGUUUCAGGAAAUGCGAAAAUUCCCAGGUACGCGCUAGCGAUUAGCAUGUCCGCCAAACAUGACAAUAAAAACAUCUAACGCGGUCAUUUAGCCUCUCACAAAUAAACAAGCCACAAUCCGUAACCAUUUUUAAGUCCGAAUGGGAUGUUACCACCCACAACUUUGGAUCCUGCACCAGGGCUGUCCUACCUAGUCAUGUUGCUGAUUCAAUUCAAUAUACCCUGAAAAGCACCCAGCUAUCAGUAAAUGCAGUGCUUUUUGCUAAGGUACGUUGAUGAUAUUCCCUUCCUGUCUGUCACUGGACGUCUCUCACAGCGACACAAAUAAGUUCAGAUAUGAGGUAGGACGCAUCCGUUUCAUCCAAGGUGUCAUUUUAGGACGUUAUUGCAAUAACGUUUUGGAUUUAUUUGAUUAUUUGUGACGAAGGACGUGAGAUGAGGUUCAUCUUUGUAUUUUUUAAGCCUAGCUUUGGCGUGUAAAUACAUACGAUAAGUCGAUUGGGGUUUUUUUUGUAGGUUCUUUUUUAAACGUUUUUUUGCUUAGCUUAUGCUGUAAACGGGGACGUCUUUUAUGUCAUUUGUUUGAUGUAGAUUACCACUGCAAGUCAUGAAAAAUGAUAUCACAACUUUUAUGCAGAGCCAUUACAAAAUUACAUCAAGAAAUGUCAGCACAUCAUGAAUGCAGCAGGAUAUUAGCAUUAGCUACUUUGCAGAUGAUACGUUAGAGGGUCCGUGACAUGACUCAUCAAAUUUGCUUCAUCUACAUCGUUUUUGAAAGCGAACGGUAAAUUUGCAAAAAUAACAUUAACAUUGCCGUGCCGUGGCGAGCCAGCUCAGUCAUGUCAAAAUGUUGUGUUGCUGCUGGAUGUUCACAGUAUCCCAGUGAAAAGUUGUUCCACUUCUAGUUCUAGUUCUAGUAUACAGGGAAUAUGUUCGCUGACAUCGUUUUUGAAAGCAAACGGUAAAUUUGCAAAAAUAACAUUUACAUGGCCGUGCCGUGGUGAGCCAGCUCAGUCAUGUCGAAAUGUUGUGUUGCUGCUGGAUGUUCAUAGUAUCCCAGUGAAAAGAUAUUCCACCUCUAGUUCUAGUUCUAGUAUACAGGGAAUAUGUUCGUCGACAUCGUUUUUGAAAGCGAACGGUACAUUUGCAAAAAUAACAUUUACAUGGCCGUGCCAUGGCGAGCCAGCUCAGUCAUGCCAAAAUGUUGUGUUGCUGCUGGAUGUUCAUAGUAUCCCAGUGAAAAGUUGUUCCACCUAUAGUUCUAGUUCUAGUAUACAGGGAAUAUGUUCGUCGGACGGUAUGUUCGUGCAGGUCAUGGGUCCUCCAACCGACAUUUACAUGGCCGUGCCGUGGCGAGCCAGCUCAGUCAUUCUAAAAUGUUGUGUUGCUGCUGGAUGUUUAUAGUAUCCUAGUGAAAAGUUAUUCCACCUUUAGUUCAGUUCUUUGCAGUGAUGAUUUCACUGAUGACUGCUAUGAAGGAACAUCCUCACAAGAAUAUUUACAUGGCCGUGCCAUGACAAGCCAGCUCAGUCAUUCUAAAAUGUAGUGUUGCUGCUGAAUGUUCACAGUAUCCUAGUGAAAAGUUAUUCCUCCUCUAGUUCAGUUCUUUGCAGUGAUGAUUUCACUGAUGACUGCUAUGAAGGAACACCUUCAAAAGAAUGCUAUUCCACCGAUAUUCCGGGAAAAAAUUUACCGUUGGCUUUCAACAAUGUAACAAUGUCGGACCAAAGUUGAUGAAUGACAUCAGGGACCCUUUAACAUGUCUUAUUCCACGAUGGAUUAUCUCUAAUGAAUGAAAUUCCGACAUUUUAGGUUUAGAAUAACACUGUGAUGUACCAGUCGGCGGUUAACGGCGAAUAUUUGAAUGUGUUAUCCAGGUUCAUCCCACCAUCCACUUCUGGGAAAUGCCUUUUCCGUUCAUCCCUUCCUUAGCGUCAUGUAUUACGUCUGCACGGUAAAGGUUUUUGUGAGGUCUUUGUAGCCGUAGUUGUCAGAUGUGUGAAGUGUUGCCGCUGCAUCCAUCCCGUAGAGAGCGCUGCUUUUAGCCUCUGGAGCACUGAUAGUCUGGCUCGGGAAAAACCUUUACAGCUUAAGUCAUGUUAUUGUAUUUGUGUGUCCUGCACAUGGAAUACUGUCCCAAUCAUACUCGUUGUGUACACUUGGCAACCUUGGCAAUACCAAUACCGGCGGUUUUGUGUACUUUUAAACGCGGUUCCGUUCCGUUCUCGAGGCACUAAAGUGAUAUAAACGUUGCUUUACUGUGUAUUGGCUGUGUACCGUACAUCCGUGCUUUUUGGAAGCCAGUCUCAGUAGUUAUUUCUAGUUAAGAUAGUCCAAUAGCACCAUGAAUGCUAAAAGCACCAUGUCGUUAAUAUUCUAUAUUGUACUGUACCCUCAAAAAAUCACAUUUGUAUCAAUUCCUCCCCUUCAGCAUAUAGUAUGUUCAGUUGUUUUCAUAUUUAACAACCACAGAACCAACCGCGGUUUAGAUUAAGGUUUGGUCUCCGCCAUUUAAAGGCACAGCAAAGGCUGCAGGAUUGGGUCUCGGUUCUGUUUUGAGAAGGCAAGGCUCAGAAUCAGGACUUCCGAGUCCAAGUUCAUGGGUCUCAGUUCUGUUUUGAGAAGGCAAGGCUCAGAAUCAGGACUUCCGAGUCCAAGUUCAUGUGUCUCGGUUCUGUUUUGAGAAGGCCAGGCUCAGAAUCAGGACUUCCAAGUCCAAGUUAAUGGGUCUCGGUUCCGUUUUGUGAAGGCCAGGCUCAGAAUCAGGACUUCCGAGUACAAGUUCAUGGGUCUCGGUUCCGUUUUGAGAAGGCCAGGCUCAGAAUCAGGACUUCCAAGCCCAAGUUCAUUGGUCUCGGUUCCAUUUUUGAGAAGGCCAGGCUCAGGAUCAGGACUUCCAAGUCCAAGUUCAUGGGUCUCGGUUCCGUUUUUGAGAAGGCCAGGCUCAGAAUCAGGACUUCCAAGUCCAAAUUCAUGGGUCUCGGUUCCGUUUUGUGAAGGCCAGGCUCAGAAUCAGGACUUCCGAGUCCAAGUUCAUGGGUCUCGGUUCCGUUUUGAGAAGGCCAGGCUCAGAAUCAGGACUUCCAAGCCCAAGUUCAUUGGUCUCGGUUCCAUUUUUGAGAAGGCCAGGCUCAGGAUCAGGACUUCCAAGUCCAAGUUCAUGGGUCUCGGUUCCGUUUUUGAGAAGGCCAGGCUCAGAAUCAGGACUUCCAAGUCCAAAUUCAUGGGUCUCGGUUCUGUUCCAAGUCCAAGUUCAUGGGUCUUGGUUCCGUUUUGAGAAAGCCAGGCUCAGAAUCAAUACUUUUGAGUCCAGGUUCAUGGGUCUCGGUUCCGUUUUGAGAAGGCCAGGCUCGAAAUCAGUACUUCCGAGUCCAAGUUCAUGGGUCUCGGUUCCGUUUUGAGAAGGCCAGGCUCAGAAUCAGGACUUCCAAGUCCAACUUCAUGGGUCUCUGUUCCGUUUUGAGAAGGCCAGGCUCAGAAUCAGGACUUCUGAGUUCACGUUCAUGGGUCUCGGUUCCGUUUUGAGAACGCCAGGCUCAGAAUCAGGACUUCCGAGUCCAAGUUCAUGGGUCUUGGUUCCGUUUUGAGAAGGCCAGGCUCAGAAUCAGGACUUCCGAGUCCAAGUUCAUGGGUCUUGGUUCCGUUUUGAGAAGGCCAGGCUCAGAAUCAGGACUUCCGAGUCCAAGUUCAUGGGUCUCGGUUCCGUUUUGAGAAGGCCAGGCUCAGAAUCAGGACUUCCAAGUCCAAAUUCAUGGGUCUCGGUUCUGUUCCAAGUCCAGGUUCAUGGGUCUUGAUUCCGUUUUGAGAAAGCCAGGCUCAGAAUCAAUACUUUUGAGUCCAGGUUCAUGGGUCUCGGUUCCGUUUUGAGAAGGCCAGGCUCGAAAUCAGUACUUCCGAGUUCACGUUCAUGGGUCUCGGUUCCGUUUUGAGAAGGCCAGACUCAGAAUCAGGACUUCUGAGUCCAAGUUCAUGGGUCUAGUUUCCGUUUUGAGAAGGCCAGGCUCAGAAUCAGGACUUCCGAGUCCAAGUUCAUGGGUCUCGGUUCCGUUUUGAGAAGGCCAGGCUCAGAGUCAGGACUUUCGAGUCCAAGUUAAUGGGUCUCGGUUCCGUUUUGAGAAGGCCAGGCUCAGAAUCAGGACUUCCAAGUCCAAGUUCAUGCUUUUUGCUUGGGGAAAAAAAUGGAGCGCCAGCUCCAGGUCGGCAAUCCCAAGUCAAGGAGUUUAGGAACGCCAGAUUGACAGGUCUGCAGUGAUGCGGACUCUACAUCGGUUUGUUUUGUUGAAAACGGAGCUAACCCGAAAGGCAAAGCUCUCAGUCUCGAGUCAAUCACGGUAGUGACCGAAAGGACAAGAUGGCGGGUACAAGCGGUCUUGUAGCUCGGGACUCUAUUCAGGAUAUCUCCCAGGGAAGGCGUUCCGGGAAAGUCCAACCAGUAGCAGGCUGAUCCGGCCGGGAAGACUCAAGUCCGGGUUUCUUGUUUUAUGCUGCGACCCGAAGAAGAAUAAUAAAUUGGGAAUCAACCGCUGAUUACAUCAUAGAUGGGCGAUGGAACUGACUUCCGGUUUGAUUUCCAUUUUGUUAGCUAGCUGAUAACAACGGCUACUAACAAAGACGUUUUGUGAUAAAUUAUGGGUGUUAAUUACACUAACCAAGGUUCCACCAUAUAUAGUACAGUACAUAAACUAAUACAUAAUUUAGAUUAUAAAAUAUAGUAGCUGAAAUAGUGAGAUAGUUCCUUAUAAUGAAUGCAACAUUAAAGCACUUUAGCCCAACCAAACCUGACAUAAUGUGUGCUGAACCAGAAGCAAGAAUCCAGGUUUUUCCUGGUGGGUUAAGGAAUCAUUUUACAAAGAAUAUACAGACAUGGAUACAACUGUUGGUACCCUUCCGUGAAACUAAGAAAAACCCACAAUGGUCAAAUGGAAAAAAUCGAAAACCAUCCUGGAAUUUGCCAUAAGGCUAAACCUAAAACGGUUUUUAGCAAGUCAAAGACUCCCCAGUAUCAGGAAGUUUGUUCUCAGGUUUCAGGUCAUCGGUCCUCCAACCGAUCCGUGGAGAGUAACUUUAUGUCUGGAGAUGAUGCCCAUAACUGGGUAGUUUACUCCAGAGGAUUGGACUGAACCAACAUACUCGUCGACAGGUCAAGGACAGGAAGUGCAUGAUUGCAGUAAUUGCGUCCAAAUAUUGGAUGAUGGGUACCAUCAUUUUGGUUCGGGACAAUUUUAGAGAUACAAACCGAUAUCAAAGAUUUUCUGCAUCUCAAGACCGAUAACCGAUCCCUAGUUUAAAUUUUUUUUUUAUUUAAAUGUAGUUUGAGGAUGCACGGUGGAUGAGUGGUUAGCGCGCAGACUUCACAGCUAGGAAACCAGGGUUCGAUUCCACCCUCGGGCAUCUCUGUGUGAGGUUGCAUGUUCUCCUCGUGUGUUUUCUCCGGGUACUCCGGUUUCCUCCCACAUUCCAAAAACAUGCUAGGUUAAUU